CUAGAAGACUCACUUUACCAUAUCUCUAAUAGUUGCCGACUUCCAAACAAACCCAUCUCUCAGUUUGCCCACUUCCAGAAAAUACUCGGAGUUUUUUUCACCCCUUCAACUGGUUUUGCAAGUUCAGAUUUCUCAUUUUCUUGGUUGAAUUUCAUGGCUAUUGAAGGAAAGAUAAAACUUUUAGACGAUGAAAAAAGUAACUUUUUGGUUCUCAUCUCCUGUGUUUCGUCCAUUUCCAUCUCUGGACCUAUUAGUGGAGGGCAUAAGUAUUCACAAGCUAUUGCUCUGUACACACAAGUGAUUAAGUUAAACAGUGAGAAUGUGGUGUACUGGGCUAAUCGUGUGUUUGCUCACAUCAAAUUGAAGGAAUAUUGCAGCGUAAUAGAGGACGGAGCUAAAGCUAUUGAAAUUGUCCCCAUAUAUUCAAAGGGUUAUUAUAGGCGAGAGGCUGCAUAUUUGGCAAUGGGAAGUUCAAAGACCAUUCAAGAAUUUUCAAGAGGUUGGUAUUGUUUUUUGAACAUCUUAAGUUGUAUCAGUUGCAUAUUGCUGGUGAUAAUCAAAUUGUUCUUAUUUUUUAUUUUAAAGCUUUACUACAGAAUAUAUCUUGAGAAGAACAUUGCUUAUGUAACUAGCUACCACAUUUAGAAGAGAAGAUAAUGCCAUACCAGUGACAUUGUUCGUGCAUUAUGUUAUUUGUGACCUUUAAGAUUCCUUGUCAAUUCUAUGCUCCAGCAACUUCCAUAUGAACUAGAUAAGUUAUCUGGAAAUACUAAUAACAUUUUGACAUCAAAUUUAAGUUCAAUGACAUUUAGUUGUAGCCGAUUAAGGUAGAAGAUGACCAAUCCCACCC